AUGGCCGAACCACCAGCGAAGCGUUUCCGCUAUGAGACGUACACAAAGAAGCUCGAGCACAUCAGCGUCGAUGUUGGUCGGAGGAAGGGGCUCGAUUGGGAGAAGGACCCCGAGGAAUUACCGCUCAUUGCGGAGAUUGCUCGCCUAGAGCUGCAGGAUCUCACGACGGGUUACCAGGACCUCUCGCGCGCGCUGUACCCCCUCACGCGGACCCUUCCCCUCAUCAUCCUCAACCUCAGCCCCAUCAUAUCUCUGUUCUCUGAUUUCUUCUCCGCUCUCAAGGGCGGGGAGACACAUGAGCACUCCGGACUCCGCUCUGCUCUCCUGCUCGUGCAGGCGCUAUACGCUACUGUAUUGAGCGAAGGCAUUCCCCACUUCCCCACCACUACCAGGGAUCUGGUGCGCGUCGGCGCGCUGCGCGCCCUCGAGCCCAAGCUCGUCGAGGAAACGUACUCGGCCCUCUCUCGGUCGCUCAGUAGUGUCGCCCCAGCUCUCACUCGCGCCGAGAACACUGAAGCUCUCCGUGCCGCGUGGGGAGCGGUGCGGCCUUCUCUUGGGCCGGCGAACAAGGGGUAUGUUCGCAAGGCACUGUCCGAGGCGUGGGCGGCAGUGCUUCGUAAGGCGCGCAACGAAGCCCUCACGCACCUUAUGGGUGUGCUCCUCGAGGAGCCCACUCCCGGUAUCGAGGCCGUCUGGGCCAAUGCCUUGAAGGGCACCAAGACUCACCUUCACUCCCGGUCUCUUACCAUCUAUACCAUCCUCCUCGACGACCUGGCUGCGAACCCGACCGACGAGCAGGUCGCAACUCUGAGGCAUCUCACGAUCGCGCUCGUGCACCACUGUUCAUCGGCCGAGACGCCACCUCUGAUUCAGUCUGCAGUCGCGCGCAUGGACCUCGUCGACCCUUCUGCCGCAACGACUUCCAAGAACCCUCCGGCAGCCAACUUCGCCAAGUCCACUGCCUUCCUCGACGUUCUCGCUACGUUCCUUUACACGCGCAAAGGCAAGCGCUUCCCUUCUACCGAGUUGAAGCCCACAAUGCUCAAGCUGCAGGGUCUUGUUGCGCACAUCAAGGAUGUCGCCGCUGACUCGGAGGACAUCACGGACGAGGCACGCAGCGAGCGCAACCGCUGGCGCAAGGCGCUCGUCUCGUGCAUCGUCGGCACGCUUAACUCGGGCAAGCUCUCGCAGUGGCUCAGUCCGGGCGUGGGGCUGAUCGACACACUCUGGCAGGCGUUGCCAACCGCAGAACUUUCAGCAUUUGUGAACAUGUGUGUCUCGUUCAAGUGGGCCGGUAUCGAGCAGUUCCUCCUCGGACACAUUACCCGAACCGCGCUCACCGGGCUCGAGCAGGACCCAUUGCCCACGCUCGUGCUCCUCAACAACAUUGCUGGCGCGGGAUUCCUCUCCGGGGGCCUCUCGAACGUCCAGGGUGGCAAGUGGCGCCAGGCGCUCGUCAAGGCACUCGCCAAGGUACUCGCGUCGCUCGACGAGCUCGAUACGAACGAUCGUCGUAUCCUCGGCCAGGUCCUCGAGCUCAUUCCUUACCUCGCGGGUGAAAGCAAGCACUUCUCCGAGCACCUCGUGUCCAUCCUCUCCAGCUUCGUUGAGAACCCUCAGUUCGCGGCGGAGAACUGGCGUGAGGCAGGGGCGUGGAACGACUCGCACGUCAUCGGUCGCCUCCUCAGCUCUAUGUUCCAGCUCGCGCUGCGCGGCCCCGCCGCCGUGCAGGAGCAGUUCAAGGCGUACAUCCUCGACAACAACACCCUGAAGGUGCUAGUUCGAAACUGGCACUGGAGUCGCGAGGUGCUGGCGCAGGUUGCCGACUUGGCUGAGCAUUGGCCGGAGACUAUGAAGGACGUCGGCGUCGGAGUCCUUCUCCCCAAUCUUAUGUCCUCCGACUCGUCUCUCCGUCUUUCCUCUAUUCGGGCCCUGGCUGUGGCCGGUGAGCCUGACGCCGGCGCCAUCUGGAACCAGUGUAAGGCGAUCGAACAGGCGGAGAUGUCCCUCAAGAACACGCGUGACCGCACAACCCAGAUCGCCCGUCUUGGACGCCAGCUCGGCACACUCACUGACCCGAACGAGUCCGUGCAGUGGGCGAUCAACUACCUCAUUGCCCAGCUGAAAGUCAACUUCCGUCCCGUGUGGGCUGAGAGCGUUACUGUUCUCACAUCUCUCGUUGGUGACCACGCCGAGUCGAUCUGGACCACCGUCUGGGACCAGCUGCAGAAGACGACUAUCGCUGAGGACUCUGUCAUGCCUGAUCUUGGCGUCAGCUAUCCCGACUGGACGCAACAGAAGGUCGUUCAAGAGGAAGUUGAGGACGACGGGGAUGAGGGCGCAGAGUUCCGCUGCCACGGCCUUGUGCGAGCCCGUAACAACAUCCUCCGGGCAUGGCAGGAGACGAACGACUCAACCAACCUCGACGUGGCUGAGAUUCCCUAUCAGAUCUCCAAGGACCGCCUGGAUGUGCUCAGCUACGAGGCGCAGCUGCUCGCCCUGCUCGUCGCGAACCCAGGCAUGGCAGAGAGGCACACGCGCCUCGUAGUUCCCGUCGUGCUGGCUGUGACCGGCGCGGCCGACGACGAGAUGCAGGUCGCUUCUGGCCAUCUCUCGACGCGCAAGCGCCAGGAGCGCACCAUCAACUUCCUAGAGCUGUGCGCCAAGUUUGUUAACCCCAAAGCCGCGUACCGGUCCGAGGAGCUGCACACCCUCUACCUCAACCUCCUCUCUAAGGGAGAGUCCAAGGUGCAGAGCGUAGCGCUCAAGUGCCUCAUGACCUACAAGUCGCCCAACCUCGUGCCAUACCGCGAGCGAAUGUUCAACCUUCUCGAGGACGCCAAGUUCCGUGACGAGCUCGUGCACCUCGACAUGAGCGUCGACUCGGAGGUCAUCGAACCGUCGCACCGGCCCGAGUUCAUCGACGCCGCCAUCCGUCUGCUGUACGGCAUCAUGAUGUCGCGCAAGGCGCGCUCGUCCACUGCGCAGGGGCAGGGGGCGCGCAAGCAGGCGGUCCUGUCGGCGCUGAACGCAUGCAGCUCGGAGGAGCUCAAGACGCUCGUCGACCUCAUGCUCGAACCGUUCGGCGAGUUCGAGGACGUGUCUCCGGCAGCGCUCGAGAGCAAGGCCCUCGUCGCCGCCGGCCGACAGCAGCUCGGCUACCUCACCUUCCUGUACGAUGUGCUCCGGUACCUCGCACCACAGACGGUGCCGCAUUGGCCCCGCUUACUUGGUGCCACGCUUGUUCUCGUCCGCCAAGCGCAGGCCGGCAUCGACACCGAGAAAGCCGGGGAGGAGGAGGAGGAGGUCGACGAGGAUGAGGUCGAAGCCAACGACAAGGGUUCUGUGCCCCUCCGUACCGUCCGCUCGACCGGCCUCAAGCGCCUGGUUCAGUUCCUGCGAUCCACUGUGCUCGACUUUGACUUCUCGCCCUACCUUCCUGUGCUGUUCUCGGCCGUCAUUUCGCCACGCCUUGCGUUGCUCGAGGUCGAGAACACCCAGGCGCCUUCCGGCACGCUCGACCUGAUCGCGGCGCUCGCGAGCUCGCCCGAGACGGCCAAAAGCCUCGUGCAGUUCGACGACCGCGUGCUGCCAAAGACCUUCGCUUGCAUGACCGCCGUCAAGGUCAAGCCCGCGGUCAUCGGACGCGUGUUCGACGUGAUCGACUCACUGCUCAUCGUCGAUGAGCCCGAGGUUAUCGAGGAUGUACUCAUGACCCACAUCCGUCCCUUGCUCGACAACAUCAUUGGGCUCGUCGAGACUCUCCGUUUGGCCGCCAACGAGGACAUCAUGCGCCGCCUCCUUGCGAUCCUCACCCGCCUCUCGGCGAUCGUGACUGACGGCGAGCAAGCGCAGCAGCUCGCGGCCCUCCUCGCACCGAUGCUGCGGCAGCCUGGGCGCCAGGUGCCCGAGAAGGCCAAGGUCAACAUCCUCCUGACGCUGCAGAAGCUGUAUGCCAUCUCUCCCGACUUUGCGGACCCCGCGUCAGCAUUCUUCCAUCAGAGCUACAACAUGAUUUCGAACUUGUUCCAGACUCUUCACUAUCCGGCGUCUCGCCGCGCGCUCGUGGCAGCGUUCCACACGUUCGGCGAGGCCGACCCCUCGCUUGCGCGCACGGUCGCCCUCGUGUCCGGCCUGAACGCGUACCGUGUAAAGCGGAUGGACGAGCCGGACUUUGACAAGCGCCUCGAGGCGUUCGCGCAGCUCAACGACGCGCCUGAGACAGGGCUGCCUCAGAACGCGCGCGAGUGGCUGCCUGUCCUUCGCAGCUCGCUCAGCUUCAUCCAGGAGCCCGAGGAGCUGUCGAUCCGCACAAACGCCAGCAGCAUCCUCCAGCGCUUUGUCAAGAUCGUGGGCGAGGCCGAGGAAGGAGAGCUCGUCGACCAGCUCAAAACGGUCGUGCUGCCGUCUCUCCGCCGCAUCCUGUUCUCAAAGCAGGAGCUCGUGCGCAACGAGGCGCUGCUUGUGUUCUCUGCCGCUGUCAAGGAGUGCACCGGCGUUCCUGUACUCGCGGAGAUGCACGCGCUCCUCGGCGACGACGACGAGACCAACAUCUUCGUUAACCUAGGCCACAUUCAGGUCCACCGUCGUGCGCGUGCAAUCCGCCGCCUGCGCGACAUCGUCGCCGAGGGCGGCAUCCGCGAGGCGACAAUCUCGAGCGUGUUCCUCGUUGUCCUCGAGCACAUCCUUACAGGGUCAACGGACGUCACGGACCACCACCUCGUCAACGAAGCGAUCAUUGCCGUCGGUUCGCUUGCAGGCCAGCUCGGCUGGUCGCGCUACAACGCUCUCGUUAAUCGUUUCCUCAAGCUCGGCACCCCGCAAACCAAUCAGCAGAAGUUCUACAUUCGCGCGGUUACUUCGUGCCUGGACAACUUCCACUUUGACUUGAAGGGCGGCGCCAAGGUCGGCGAGACAGAGAAGGAGGAGGAAGAUACCGAGGUCGAGGCUGUCGAGGUCGGGGCUGAGGCCGAGACUGAGGAGGCAGAGGAUGCGCAGGCUCAGGCAGCUGCAACGGAGAAGAUCACCAACGUCGUCCUCACGCGGCUUCUCCCCAACCUCUCGAAGUUCGUCGCCCAGAAGGGCGAGACCGAGGACACAGUGCGCAUUCCUGUUGCGCUCGGUAUCGUGAAGCUCGCUGCUGCGCUGCCGGACGAGUCGUCGUCGAACGAGAUCGUGCGCACCGUCACCACCGUUUCCCAGAUCCUCCGCAGCAAGGACCAGGACACGCGUGACAUUGCACGCGACACGGUUGGCAAGAUUGCCGUCUACCUUGGCCCCACCUGGCUCGUGCGCGUCAUCAAGGAGCUGCGCACUGCGCUCCAGCGCGGCCCGCAGAAGCAUACGCUCGCUGUUACUGUGCACUCCAUCCUCGUGCACGCGACGACCGAGGGGGGCGGCCGCUUUGCCAACCUCGAUGCGGCCGUGUCUGACGCUGUUGAGGUGGCAGCCGAGGUCAUCUGGGGAGAGAGCGGCAAGGAUGUCGCGACCGAGGGGUUCAAGACCAAGAUGCGUGAGGUGCGCGGCGCUCUGUCCCGCGGCAACGACACGUUCCAACUCGUGUCUCGCCUCGUGUCGCCAGCCAAGAUUGCCGCUGUACUUGCGCCUGUGCGCGAGAUCAUGCACGUCUCGCAGGCGGUCAAGACGAUGGCCCAGGUCGACGAGGUGUUGCGUCGCGUCGCACUGGGGCUGAACUCGAACACGUUCGUUGGGCCGCAGGACAUUCUUUCGCUCUGCUACUCGCUCAUCAACGGCAACUCGGCGUAUCUCCGCCCGAAGCGCAAGGCCCCCAAGUCGGCAGCAAACGACCGCUUCACCAUGCAGAUGAAGCGUGACAUGAAGGAGGAUGAGGACGUGUACCCGCAGAACGCGCACAAGUUUGUCACCUUCGGUCUGGACCUGUUCGUCACGGCCUUCCGCCGCGGCAAGUUUGACUUUGACAAUGUUGACAUUCUCGCGCGCCUCGGCCCGCUCGUCAACGCCAUCGGCAAUACGCUGUACUCACCCGAGGCAGGCAUUCUCACGCUCGGCCUCAAGGCCACCGCGGCCGUUGCCAAGUGCCCCGUCCCGCAGGUCGACGACGCGCUCCCGGCGUUCGUGAACAACAUCUUCAAGAUCAUCAAGAACGCUGGCAGCAGCGCCGAGAGCGAGGUUGCGCAGACUGCGCUCAAGACGCUCGCCGUCCUGAUCCGCGACUGCAAGGCCACGAGCAUCUCGGACACCCAGCUUCGGUACCUCAUUGAGGUGGCCUCCCCGGAUCUCGAGGACCACGAGCGCCAGUCCUGCCUCUUCACCGUGCUCCGCGCUGUUGUUGGGCGCCGCUUCGUCGUCCCCGAGAUCUACGACCUCAUGGAGCGCGUCAGCAGCAUCAUGGUCACGAGCCAGAGCACGCAUGUGCAGGAGCUCUGCCGCGGCGUGCUCAUGCAGUUCCUCCUCGACUACCCACAGGGCAAGGGCCGUCUCAAGCAUCAGAUGAACUUCCUCGCACGCAACCUCGACUACGUGUUCGAGAGCGGACGCGUGAGUGUCAUGGAAGUUCUUUCUGCCGUCUUCACCAAGUUCUCGGGUGACCUCGUCGACGCGUACGCGGACAUGUUCUUCGUCGCGCUCGUGGGCGUGCUCGCCAAUGACGACUCGGAGAAGUGUCGCAACAUGGCCGGCGCGCUGCUCCAGCAGCUCUUUGGUGCUCUCGACGAGGAGAAGCAGGCACACAUGAUCGGCGUGCUCCAGGGCUGGGUAGCGGUUAAGGAUGAGCAGCCAGCCCUCGCCGGCUCCUCUUUGGCCGUGUACGGUCUCCUCUGCGAUUCCGCGGGCGGUAGCGAGCUCGCGCGUGGCCUGCCGGCCCUCAUCGGUCCCAUCCUCGAGGCCAGCGCGGCCGGUCUCGCCCGCGCGGAGACGUCCGACAUCGACCUGGAUCUCGACCACGCGGUCCCACACCAGGCUCUCGCUCUCGUUGCCAAGGCGCUCCAAGUGGGGACCGCAUCGGCCAGCCAGCUUCCAUGGGACGCGGUGACGGCUCACCUCCUCUUCCCACACGAGUGGGUGCGGUUCGGCGCAGCGCGUGCCCUCGCCUUGCUGCUUGCCGCCGACGCAGACGCGCUGGACGCCGACGCUGCUCUCGACGUUGCUCGCAAGGCGUGCAUCCUCCUUGGGGGGAGCAAGAACGAGUCUGGUGCGGACGUGGUGGUCGACGCCAAGCUCGCCGACCAACUCGUCAAGCUCCUCUGGAACAUCAGCAAGCACUGGGCCAAGGCGGACAAGGCGGACAAGGCCGAUGCCAACGGCGUGGCCCGAGUUGACGUCGCGGACGAGGACGACGAAGGGGAGGAGGGCCCAAGCGAAGGUGAGCGCCCGCUUCACUGGCUCAUGUCGCGCAUGUCGUUCCUCGCGCGUCGUCUCAUCGUCCACCGCCCCGCGACCAACUCCGCGCUGCCUGGCCAGCCUCUCCCAUGGGUCGGGCCGGUGCAGUGCAUCCUCCGCUUCUUCGCGGGUACGUUUGACGCGCUCAACCGCGCGCAGGCGCGCCAGUUCCUCCCCCACGUCCUCGGCCCCGUGUACCGCAUCACGGACGAGGGAGGCGACCUCACCGGCCUCGUUGGGCCUGAAGGGCCUGGCGGGAACGGCGUGGCUGAGCUCCGCACGCUCGCCACCGAGGUGCGCGACUUCGUCUCGGCCAAGGUCGGUCCCACCGCUUUCUCCAAGGCUUGGGAGGCGAUCCGGCGGCGCACGACCGCCAAGCGGGGCGAGCGGAGGGAGAAGCGCCAGCGUAUGGCGGUGGCCGAUCCUCAGGCAUGGGCCGCGCGGCAGGAGAAGCGUGGCGCCAACAAGAAAGCGAGCAAGAAGCGCAGGGCGGACACUUACAUGGAUGUCAAGCGGGCGCGCCUGCGUUAG